AUGAAAUGGGUAUGCUGUCAACAUGACAUCCAUGGAUACCAGCUCACAAGUGGAUUUUCAGGAGACGACCUCAGCUCCUAUGAUAAACAUGUUCUUUGUGCAUUUGCUUACAAGGUGCGAAGUCAAAGCACCAAAGAGGCAUUUAACAUGCUUCCAUCUGCAUUUCCUGAUAUCCAGCUGCCAAGCUUGAAGCAGACAAGGGCUCGUGUUGCAUUUCUUGCUGGGUUAUCACCUGCCCGGUAUGACUGUUGCAUCAAUUCAUGCUGUUGCUUCGUUGGGCCUAUUGAAGACCUGGAUAGGUGUCCACACUGCUCAGCUCCCUGUCGCACACCAUCUGGUCUACCACAAAAACAGUUCACAUAUAUUCCCAUCAUUCCCCAUCUUGUAGCCCUCUAUGCCAAUCGACAAUCAGCUACAGAAAUGAGAUAUCGCACUCGUGGACAUUCACAUCAGCCGGGGAACAUCACUGACAUGUUUGAUGGCUCAUUAUAUCAAAAACUACUUGCCAAAAAAGUGAGUGUCAAUGGCCACGAACUUGCACACAACCACUUUAGUGAUCUGAGAGACAUUGCACUUGGCCUUGCCACGGACAGUUUUGCUCCAUUCUGA